AUGGGACCUCUACUGAAAGCGACGCUGCAAGGCGCCGUUGUCAGCGCCGUCUCCAACGUACUCGGUCAGUACGUCGAUGCACGGCUCGCAGGUCGUUUGUUUAUCCUCAACCUGACCGACCUGGUUCGCUUUAUCUGUCUGCACCUCUUGACUGCCCCACCGAAUUACAAGUGGCAGGAACUGCUCGAGCGCAAUUUCCCCGCACGCCCGCCUGAAGGCAUAGGCUCCUCCAUUCCAUUGCAAGAUCGAGAUGUCGAAAAGAACUCAACUGAUGGUCGCGACUCAGACGAAGAUGACCCGUCAAGCUGGCGAGCGCGAGGCGCACUCACGCAACGAGGAACAUUGAGCUUACGAAACCUGUUCACCAAAUGGUUCAUCGAUUGCAUUACGGUGGGGGCGAUGAUGAAUACGAGCGCGUUUCUUAUCAUUAUGGGCCUCCUCAAGGGACAGUCAUGGGAGAAGAUUACGAACAAUCUACGCCACGAAACAUUCACGAUAAUCCUCAACGGAUACAAGCUCUGGCCGCUGGCAUCAAUCAUUUCGUUUAGCUUCAUCCCGGUGGAGCGGCGAAUUGUCUUCUUCUCAUGCGUCGGUCUGUGCUGGAAUGUCUACAUGACUUUAGUGGCCGCGCGGUUAUGA